UCCUCCAAACUCUCCUUUUACGUACCCCAUUAAUUAUCUCUCUCUUUUUCUUUAGUUCUAAACCAUAGCCAUGGCUUCCAAGCUACUCUCCAUUUUAGCUACUUCAUUUCUCAUCCUCUUUUCCAUCUCAGCUAAUUAUUCUCUAUCUUCUGCGGCAGAAACCUCUCCAUCCACAACUACAUCUCCCAAAAACCUAUGCAAAACGACACCGGAUCCCUCCUACUGCAAAUCUGUACUGCCUACCAACAUCCACGGGAAUGUCUACGACUAUGGCCGCUUUUCCGUUCGAAAGUCACUGUCCCAAGCUAGAAAAUUCUUAUCCUUAAUAGAUAAGUAUCUACGUCGACGCUCAACCUUGUCGGUCACCGCGUUUCGAGCUCUAGAGGACUGUCGUUCUCUCGCGAGUCUCAACUUGGAUUUCUUGUUAAGCUCCUUCCAAACGGUUAACAAGACGAGUCGAGUCCUUUCGAGCUUAAAAGCCGAAGACAUCCAGACCUUUCUCAGUGCCAUCUUGACGAACCAGCAAACUUGCUUGGAUGGAAUACAAGGAACGGCGUCGUCUUGGGGCGUUAAAAACGGUAUAUCAGUCCCAAUUGCGAAUGACACCAAGCUAUAUAGCGUUUCUCUUGCUCUGUUCACUAGAGGGUGGGUGCCUAAGAAGAGGAAAUUGACUACUUGGACUCCUAAAGGGGAGCAGCUUAAGGGGUUCCGAAAGGGACACAUGCGGAUGAAGAUGUCGAGCCAGAACCGAGUUGUGUAUGAGACGGUAAGCCGUAGAAACCUGCUUGCUCAGGAGACGGGUGCCGAUGUCGAGGUUUUGGUUAGGGACAUCGUGACGGUGAGUCAAGACGGAAGUGGUAACUUCACGACCAUUAACGAUGCUAUUACGGGGACGCCCAACAAAACUGAUUCUAGCGAAGGGUACUUCUUGAUCUAUGUCACAGCGGGUAUUUAUGAAGAGUAUGUGGUCGUUGCUAAAAAUAAAUGGAAUCUGAUGAUCAUUGGAGAUGGCAUUAAUCAAACCAUUAUCACCGGAAACCGCAGCGUCGUAGAUGGUUGGACAACUUUCAAUUCCGCCACAUUUGUGGUAGGGGCACCAGGAUUCGUGGCGGUGAACAUAACAUUCCGGAACACGGCCGGAGCGAUCAAGCACCAGGCAGUGGCGGUUCGAAACAGUGCUGAUUUAUCGACAUUCUACAGCUGCAGUUUCGAAGGUUACCAAGACACUCUCUACACUCAUUCUCUCCGACAAUUCUAUCGUGAUUGUGAUAUCUACGGCACCGUAGACUUCAUUUUCGGCAACGCAGCUGUGGUUUUCCAGAACUGCCAUAUAUAUCCCCGCCUUCCCAUGGCCAACCAGUUCAACGCAAUCACGGCUCAAGGGCGCACAGACCCGAACCAGAACACUGGGUUUUCGAUCCAUAACUGUACGAUUAAGGCUGCCGACGACUUGGCGGCUGCUAGAAAUAGCUCGAUCAAUAAUAGCACGAUUAGUAUUGCGAAGACUUAUCUGGGGAGGCCAUGGAAGGAGUAUUCGAGGACUGUUUAUAUGCAGUCUUACUUGGAUAGUUCGAUCGAGGCCGUUGGUUGGCGUGAGUGGAAUGGAGAUUUUGCUCUGUCCACUUUGUAUUAUGGGGAGUUUAAUAAUACGGGACCAGGCUCGGAGACAGCGAACAGAGUCACGUGGCCAGGAUAUCACGUGAUUGGAAAUUCUUCUGACGUGGCCAAUUUCACUGUUUUUAAUUUCUUGAUUGGAGAUGACUGGUUACCUCAGACUGGUGUGCCUUUCAGCAGUGGAUUGUUAUAGCUUUUAUUAUUAUUAUUUUUUAAAAGACAAAUUAUUUUAUUAUUAUUUUAAUUAUUUGAUAUCAUUUAAGUAAUUAAAUGAUUAAUAAGUGCUCAAUCCGCUUAAUUUGGGUGUUGAAAUUAGAGGUUCUUUCUUAGAUAUAGUUUUAUAUCAAUACUAGUACUGUACACAACAAGAGUGUAUAAUAUUUUCUUACGAUAUCAUGAAUGCAAAAUAAUUUAAUUUCAAAUUA